AGGAACACUUGAAUGCAACAUAAGUACAAUUGCGCAGUUCAGGGACCGCUGUCUGCCUGUUGUUGCUCACCAAAAACUUGUGACAGAGAUGUCUACUGCACUGAGUCUACGUCUUCUUCACUGCUACUCAAAGCCAGGUACUACUGACACAGGCACAUUCGGACAUGGUCCUGGUGUCAUGCGGCCUUUCAGUCUCAGUGUGCAGAGAGAGGGCUUUAAGUAUGUAAAUGCUCAGGAGCUGCCGACAGACCUGAGGUCCAUCACUGACCGGGCUGCCACAACCCUCCUUUGGACUGAACUCUUUAGAGGCUUGGCGAUGACCAUGAGUUACCUGUUCCGUGAACCUGCCACCAUCAACUACCCAUUUGAGAAGGGCCCUCUGUCACCCCGCUUCCGUGGAGAGCACGCCCUCCGUCGCUACCCUAAUGGAGAGGAGCGCUGCAUUGCCUGUAAGCUGUGUGAGGCCAUCUGCCCUGCUCAGGCCAUUACCAUUGAAGCUGAGACUCGAGCUGAUGGCAGCAGGAGAACAACACGCUAUGACAUUGAUAUGACCAAAUGUAUCUACUGUGGCUUCUGCCAGGAAGCCUGUCCUGUUGAUGCCAUUGUUGAGGGUCCAAACUUUGAGUUCUCCACAGAGACCCAUGAGGAGCUGCUGUACAACAAAGAGAAGCUGCUCAACAAUGGAGACCGAUGGGAGGCUGAGAUAGCAGCCAACAUACAGGCAGACUACCUGUACAGAUAGACUCACUGUUGUAAAUGAUAUAUCUUAUCAUCCUCCUAUGCAUUAAAGAGAUUAUAUGAAGCUUUACAGAUAUUCCAAUGAGUUACAUAUGAGCAGUGAAGCCUUGCAGCCUCAGAUUCUGUUGUCAGAACUGAGAAAAAAUGUAAAAACGCACAAAUCAUGUUUUGUGUUGUAAACAUGGAUGAUAUUGCACUUUAUGAUGUUGACUGUAUAUUCUGUAACCCAUGUAGUUUAUGCACAGUUUUCUGCUGCACUUUAAAAGCACGUUUUAUGUGAUGUAAUAGGACAUUUCUGAAAGAGUAUAUUUAUGUAAUGUUGCUGAAGCUAUUUAAGAUGCUGAAAUAAAUCAUGUUUUAAAACUUUAA